GCGUGUGCCCGCUGUGCGCUCUCCUGGCUGCGCGAGGACAGAUAAAGUUGUGCGCAGGCAGGAGAGGAGGACCCUACUAGCAAAGCCGUCCUGCACCUUGGAGUUGAACCCUCCAGUGUGUGAUUUUCUAUGCUGGGGACUUGGUCAGCCGCUGCCUGCCUGCAGACGUCCCAGAGCCACCAAUCCUGGAAAUCUUUGGUUAAGCGAAAGUGGGAGUCGCUAGCGUCCUGGUAAAAAACAGUCUCGCGUUCUUCUCAGCUGGGAAACACCUUCUGCCUCAGUGAUUAGUCCCUGCAGCGGGUCAGAUGCUUACAGGACCGACCUCGGCUCUGCUCAGCUCCCAGCACCCCUGCAGUUUCCUCUGAGUCCCCUCGUUUUUCCUGCUCCGUGGUUCACCUGAGGUUGUCUGGGUUUGGACUGAGAAUGCAUUCCUUUCCCCUUUGAGGCGUGAAUGCGAAGGUUUGGGGGGACUUUUACAUGCCUAAGAACAAGGGUGAGUGCAGGGGCCCCAGGCAGGGCUGAUUCUGGGGCAGAGGAGGGUGGAGUAGGGGGUUCUGCAUGAGCUCCUUAAAGGACAAAGAUAACAGAGCCAGCGAGACAGCGCGAGGGGUGACUUUGACUUCAAACCACAGAAUCGGUGGAAGUGUGAGCGCCAAGGCAGCCGCUGUUCCUGCAGCGCUGUCCAUUUAGCCGCUGGCACCUUCCCGAGCUCGGGGGUCUGGGGAUAAGAAGCGACGCCGGCCAGCAAAAGCGCCAGCCGGCUGCAACUGCCCACGCGGCUCACCAUGGGCUCCGGGCUCCGGGCAUUGUCCGUGGUGCCGGCAGUGCUGUUGGCCUUCACCCUGCCGGGGCUGUCUGUCUGGGCACAGAACGACACGGAGCCCAUCGUGCUGGAGGGCAAGUGCUUGGUGGUGUGCGACUCGAAUCCGGCCACGGACUCCAAGGGUUCCUCUUCGUCCCCUCUGGGAAUCUCCGUCCGAGCGGCCAACUCUAAGGUCGCCUUCUCCGCGGUGCGGAGCACUAACCAUGAGCCAUCUGAGAUGAGCAACAAGACUCGCAUCAUUUACUUUGAUCAGAUCCUAGUAAAUGUGGGUAAUUUUUUCACGUUGGAGUCUGUCUUUGUAGCACCAAGAAAAGGAAUUUACAGUUUCAGUUUUCAUGUAAUUAAAGUCUACCAGAGUCAAACAAUUCAGGUUAACCUGAUGUUAAACGGAAAACCAGUAAUAUCUGCCUUUGCUGGAGACAAAGAUGUUACCCGUGAAGCUGCCACAAAUGGAGUUUUGUUGUACCUAGAUAAAGAGGAUAAAGUUUACCUAAAACUGGAGAAAGGUAAUUUGGUUGGAGGCUGGCAGUAUUCCACGUUCUCUGGCUUUUUGGUGUUCCCCCUAUAGAAUUUGAUUUCUCCACGAAAUGUUUAUCUGGGUGAGGGGCAGCCCACCCCUAAGCUAUUGGAAGAUCAUUUUCUCAUCAGCGGAUUGAUGUCUUUUAUUGAUUUUUCAUGGGUGAAUAUGGAUUCUCUUUAAGGAUUCUAGGCCUGUCCGAACCAAUACAAAGUCUCACAGAUUAUUUUUGUGUGUGUGCACAUUUUCUGAUAUUUGGAUCGAGACUCACAGCAGACAAUACCUAUCUAUGCUUCGGUGUUAACUCUUACAAGCUGUCUGCAAGGUUUAUUCUGAAUUAAUUUCCUGGAAUUACUGAAUUUGUUGCAUCUGUGGAACUUUAUUUAUUUAUUUUUUAAAAGACUGACAACCAAGUCUAAGAAUUAGAAAAGUCUAAAAGUUUGACUUCAAUCAACGAUUAGUGUGUUACUGCCAAAGAACUGUAUACUGUGUUGAUAUAUUGACUACACUUGUUUUUAUUGCUUUGAGAUUAGUUUGUUUUGUUCUUUUAAGGGAGCUGGAAUUUGUUUUUCAGUGACUGGCUUUGUGUCUUCUCUACAAAGAGGGUACUGGAUGGCUUGCCCAUCAGUUUACCCUAUGAGAUCACCUACAUGACUUCCCUAAAAAAAAAAAAAGAAAAAAAAAAUGAAUAUGAAUAAGAAUAAGAAUGCUUCAUAGUUGUAUUUUAAUUAUAUAUGUGAAAGAGUCAUAUUUUCCAAAUUAUAUUUUAUAAUAGGAAAAGAUAGAUCUAAAAAUCUGACAAGAAAAUGUUGGUUACCCAAGUUCUAAGUGCUUAAUCCCCAAACCUCCAUGAAAUAGUUCUCCUCUGUGGGAAAUCUUAUACUUUAUUGCUCAAGUUUAAUUAAUAUGAUUAAUAAUAACCACUAUAUUAAAAACUGAAGAAUUUUUUUCUUUAGACAUGGCCACUUCAUUAACUGGAGAUGGGAUGCCCUUGUUUUUAAUUAUACCUAUUUUUCAAACCUUCUGUUGUGUUUGAAGUAUCAUCUGAUUUUGCCUUAACUCUUUAAAUUGUAUAUAUUUAUCUGUUUAACUAACAUUAAACCCAAUAUCCCAUAUCUAAACUUAGAGUGCAAUAUCUUAUUUUGUCUUUUGUAUAGGUCACAUGAAUCCAUAAAAUUAUUUAUGUCUCUGUUAUAGA